AAACAAGUCGAACUGAAAUCAAGGAGACAGAGAGGGGAAAAAGCAAAGCAAAGCAAGCAGCAUCCCACACUCUCUAAAACACUACAGUCUAGAGGUGGUAGCCUAGCCCACCCAAAUCACAGUGUCACCACUCACCACCACCAAAGAGACUCCCUCGCCUUCUUCACUCAACCAUAUAGCGCUGAGCCUGACGACGCUCUCUAACCAUUUGCCGCAGAAGAAGAAACACCCCGUACCCGAGAAAACCGUCGAACAUCCUUCUUGCCGGCCGCCUACCCAGAAAUGCCGACGCCGUCCUAACUGGCCGCCGCUCCGGCGAGGUAAAAUCUUCUUCUUCUUCUUCUCCAUCUCGAUUUUCACUCCUAUUCUUUGUCAUUUCCAAGAAUUGUAUGUACGAUUGGCUCAGCUUUCUUUCUAAUUUCUCUUUUUUUCCGUUCGGUGCCCUCACUUUUCUAUUGUGGCAGAGAUUCCCCUGAUCGGAAUAUCUUUGAAGCAGUGGUGGUGGUGGAGACUGUCUCGUCACUCGACCGCUAUCUCUCUGACACUCUCUGAUUCACCAUUAACUCUCUCUCUCUCUCGUCUACACUCUUCUUAAUUAGAAACCCUCAAUUCCCCAACUCCAAUUCUCUGCUCCUCCGGGAAUCGGAAAAUGCUGACGUGUAUCGCUCGUCCCAAGCAAGCCAGGGAUGAGCCGGACGGCUCAUCCGCCGCCGCCGCCUCCAACAACAACGGUAGCGGUUCCAACGCCAAAAACAAUCAAGCAAUCAAAUCCCUCACAUCUCAGCUCCGGGACAUGGCGCUGAAGGCCUCGGGAGCAUACAAGCACUGCGCGCCGUGCACGGGGCCGACGACGACCGGAAAUCACCAGAGCCGGUUCAAGACGACGACGGCGGCGGACUGGGAGGCGGCGGAUUCGGAGCGGUUCCGGUGGUCUCUGAAGCGGACGGGGAGCUCGAGCUCGACGACGCCGCGGACGUGGGGGAAAGAGAUGGAAGCGCGGCUGAAGGUGAUAUCGAGCUCGAGCGGGGAAGCGACCCCGACGACGUCGGUGAACGGGAGCGGGCGCCGCGCGGAGCCGCUGAUCGUGUUCGUGGAAGAGAGCGAGCCGAAAGAAUGGGUGGCCCAGGUGGAGCCCGGCGUCCUGAUUACCUUCGUCUCGCUUCCCAGGGGAGGCAACGAUCUCAAGCGGAUACGUUUCAGUCGAGACACGUUCAACAAGUGGCAAGCUCAGAGAUGGUGGGCGGAGAACUUUGACAAGGUCAUGGAACUUUACAAUGUCCAAAGGCUUAGCCGUCAAGCUUUUCCUCUUCCAACACCCCCAAGAUCCGAGGACGAGAGCUCAAAGAUGGAAUCAGCUGAAGACAGCCCGGUCACACCACCACUAAGCAAAGAGCGGCUGCCGCGUAACUUAUACCGCCCAACAGGAAUGGGAGUAGUAAGCUACUCGUCCUCGGACUCGCUCGACCAUCCUCAUCAUCCGAUGCAGAUCAGGCAGUACUCGGACUCCAUCGGUGGCCUCACUUCCACACCAAAGCUCUCCAGCAUAAGCGGGGCUGCCAAGACGGAGACAUCAACUUCAUCCAUGGAUGCAUCCAUGAGAAGAAGCAGCUCGUCGAGGGACGCGGAUCGCUCCGGGGAGUUGUCGAUCAGCAAUGCCAGUGAUAUGAUGGACAAUGAAUGGGUUGAACAGGAUGAACCUGGCGUGUACAUCACAAUUCGAGCCUUGCCCGGUGGAAAGAGGGAGCUGAGACGAGUCAGAUUCAGCCGUGAGAAAUUUGGAGAGAUGCAUGCGAGACUAUGGUGGGAAGAGAACCGAGGUAGAAUACAUGAACAGUACUUGUAGAGUGGAGAGAAGAACUAAACCACAGAGAAAGCACAACGAGGGGAAGUUUUCGAAUGGUAAACCAGGCGGGUCUCUUUUUUAACUUGGAGGUUCCAGAUUUGAAUUUCGAUUACUUCGAUCAAUGUUACAUGCUUCGUGGAAUCCUAUCGGAGCAUACCAUUCUCUGAUAUCAGUACCUCAGCUGAUGAAAUAAUUUUCCCUACACAGAUCCUUCUGAAAACAGGUGCUUACUGUUUGUUUCUCUCUCUCUCUUUUUUUUUUUUUGUUUUUGUUUUUGUUUCUUGGGUUCAAAUGUUUAUAGGGGUAUUAGAACUGCUGCUUGGUAUAUGGUCUAUGUGUUGAUCAAGAAGAAGGAGCAAAGCCUUCUUAUCUUUUGUCCUGUAAUGUUAUUUUUUACUUUUUACUGUUAUUUUACUUGUGGUGGGUAAUGAGUAUCAAUGGAAGAUGUUGGUUACAUUACAUGGUAUCUUUUCCUUUGACAUAAUCAGUUUUGACCAAUUUCUUCUGUUGCCUGACCCAAAUUAGGGCAAUCGAUUACAGGCGUGCUUGCUGUCUUUGUACUGUUUGUGGUCGGCCUCUCUCCUUGACUUUGUUUCUAAACAAUCAUUAAUAGCAGCAGGAUGAACCCUAAUUUCCUGCCUCCACUUCGCUGAUGAUGGGUGACGAAAAUUUGUGACUAAUUUGGUCUCAGAUUCACGGAAAACCGAAGUAUUUAAGUGGGUCAUUGGUGAUAACUGAUGAGUGACCAGGUGAUCCAAAUUAAGAAUGUUAUUUUCUGCUAAAAUGAAUAAAAUAUUCCCGAUUUCAGAGAGUGGUAUUUUUAGGCCUUUUGAUGAACUAGUUUAUGAAGUAUGUGGGCAUACUCAGAUAAAUUAGUAUUGAUAUUUCAAUUGUGUUUAUUUGUGACACGUUGUUUAGUAGAACACAUUGAAUUUCUAUGAUCCAUCUAACAAGUGUGCACGAUAUACUUUAUAAACGGUAGGGUUUUUCGAAGAUAAUAACUGUAGUAUUACACAAUCACCCUUAAUUGAUUGAAGUGUCUCACACAAUCACCCUUGUUAAAUGUAUAAAUAGGAACUCUCUCUUAGAUGUCUGGCCUCUCAAGUCUCAACUACAUUAACCCAAACCAGCAGCGCUCAAACCCAUGGGUUUUUUACAUCUUAGCUUUAGUGAGUCAGCAGUCAGCACUCGAGAACCAUGUAAUGGGCCAAUUACAUUCCUACCGCUUUGCCUCCCAAACUAUUUAAUUGGGCCUAAGAUCUACCCGGACAAAAUUGCUUCACUAGAUCCAGCUAAUUCUUCUCCGCAUCAGCUCCUCUGCUUUUGAUCAGUCGCCAAUUUGAGGAUCGAGAUUUUAAUAACUUGGCACGUUAGAUGAUUCGUCAUUUCUACCGGCGAGUUCGGAGUUGAUUUGCUAAAUUUAUUCACAUUCUUAUUUUUAAUCCGUAAACUCAUAACAUCUUCAUUCUCGGAUGGGUAAAAGCAACGACGGGGCCAAAAAUUUGACUCGGCGUGUCCCCUUCCAAAAUUAUAUUAAAAUAAUAAUUAAAAUUUAAAAUAUUACAAAAUUAACUAGUAAAUAUUCGGCUAUUAUAAUUUAUAGUGAAAUAUCACAAUGUGUUUUCAUUUUCUCGAGAAAAAAUACACGUAAUCAUUAUGGUUCUCAGCAAAUCUUUUUCAUGUAUGACAAUCAUUUACGAACAAAGUGUAUAUUCGGUUAAAUAACUUUUUCUUAAUGUAGCAUAAAAUUGGAAACAUCUUUCAAACACUUGUAGUUGCAACUGGUAAAAUGAAUACAAAUUCAAGAAGUAAAUAGUCCGAUAAAUAAGAUAGAUUCAC